AUGGCAGAUGAUUUCUCUUUAUUCAGCGUGUUUGAUUCUCAAGAUGUUCAUAAGCCUCUUGAAGGUCUUUUAAAUGAUAUGUUAGUCACUCAACAAACGCAAGUAUCCAGUUUUGGGAGUGACAUACCUGGAGGGGUUGAUCAUUCCACCACUGGCAUUAGGUCGGGAAGGCAUCCAAUAAUCAUUGAAGAGCCAAGAGUCCAUCCUUCUGGAGACCAAGAAAAAUGUAUUUUCAGCAAUAGCAAUGUCAGUACUAUACCAGAACCUGAUCAGUUGAUAUUAAAAGGUCAAAAGUAUGAGCAAAGUUCAAAAGAUAGUGAUUUCAUUCAUCUUAUGCCUCAUAAAAAUUGUACAGAAUCUUUUCGAGUCCUUGGCAACUAUGGAAAAGGGAAGGAAAGAUGCAGGGAAGAUAUAUUUAGCGGUCACAGUAGCAAAAAUACCGUGACCGACCACAAAUUAACAACAGAAGAAAUAAUGAGGGUGGCUGGAGAAAGAUUCAUCCACUUCUCUAACAAAAGGUUUGACGGGAUCACCAGCUUUAUCCAUCCAGAUGGUUCAGCUCUGUCAUGUUUGUCGUCAGAGGACACCAGAAUGGUGGACCUUGCCCACCUCCUUUUAGAUUCAGCUGAAAAAGUGGGAAAUAAGCAAUUUGAUGCUGCCAACAAAUUGCUUCUGCAUUCUGAAGGUAAGGUAACUGACUCAGGUCAUCCAGUCGAAAGAAUAACUUAUCAUUUUUCUAAAGCUCUACGAGAAAGGAUUACAGCAGAAACAAGAACCAGUGUAAAUCAGAGAGAAACUGAUCAAGGAAGAGAUUACAGCGGACUCUUCUCAGGUGUUGAGAACACUUGUUUGGUACUUCAUCAAGCAGUUCCGUUCAGUCAAGUGAUGCAAUUUGCAUCAAUACAAAUGAUACUGGAACAUGUUGCAACAAGAAAAAAAAUCCAUUUAAUUGAUCUUCAACUUAGAAUUGGAGUUCAGUGGGCACCUUUAAUACAAGCUCUUUCGGAAAGGGAAACCUUUCCAGUUCAGCUCCUUAAAUUAACUGCUCUUCAGACGACAGACAAAGAGAAGGCUGAGAAUAUUGGCAAGAGGUUGCAAGACUAUGCCAAGUCUUUGAACAUUUGUUUUAUUUUCAAGGCAGUGUCCAUUGUAAACAUGAAAGAUCUCAAGGUAGAAUUAUUUAACAUUAGACCAGGUGAAGCUGUGGUAGUUUACUCUCCGAUUGUACUGAGAGCUAUGAUCCCAAAACCUGAGAACCUGCAAAUUUUACUAAGAGUGAUACAGAGGAUGAGACCUAAAAUCAUGGUAGUCAAUGAAGUAGAGGCAAAUCAUAAUUCACCAUCAUUUGUUAAUCGUUUCACAGAAGCACUUUUCUUUUUCAGCGCUUGGUUUGAUGCACUGGAAGACUGCAUAGACCGAGACAAUCAGUACAGAAUGAAUAUUGAGAGAAGUUACUUUGGCCGAGGAAUCCAGAACAUUCUUGCAACUGAGGGCGAGGGCAGAAUCAUAAGGUGUGUGACUAUGAAUGUGUGGAGGGUAUUCUUUCAAAGAUUUAAAAUGGUAGAAAUUGACAUCAGCAAAGCAUCUAUAAAUCAGGCCAACUUGGUCCUUGAGAAGAAAUUCUGUUGUGGAAACUCCUGCAAUAUAUAUAAGAAUGGAAAGUGCCUAAUUGUUGGAUGGAAGGGAACCCCAUUGCAUUCUGUUUCAGCUUGGAAGUUCAAGUAA